CUACAGACCGAUCAAAGCGUGUCAGUGUUUUGAGUGUAGAUAUUUGCAGGCAAAUACCCGGAGCUAAAGAAAGUGGAACAUUAUGAGGGGUUUUUACGCACUUUUAUGCACCUUGGGAUUCACCAUAUUUUGUCCGAGUGACAUUGACAAGGCUAGAGAGAAAGGAAUAAGAUGGCUGCUAAAGGACCGAAAUGAAGAUUGGGGUUGGGGCAUGCGAAGUGAGGCUGAGGCCAUCAUAGCGCUUCAGUUAGCUGGUGGAGAUUGCUGGUAUAAUCCGAAAAGGCCAAGCACCGUCGCCAGCGUCAAGGAAAUGAACUUGGUUCUCCUGGCAGCUAUUAGCAACUACCCAGGGUUGGACACAGCCGCCUGGUUUGGUGGGAAACUUGGCCAGUUCAUCAACGGCCUUGUGUCUACCUGUCAAGAUCCGGCAAAUUUCUAUGACCAUAACCUUAUAGAACUUCUCAUGAACCAGAUGAACAACUUUCCCAAGUAUUACUUUAACCAGAACUUCGCCUACAGCUGGGCUGUGCUAGCUCUGUGCAACUCUGGUGCAAUAAAUGAGACGUACUACGAACGUCUUGUAGAUGGUGCUGGAAAUUAUACUUUCGGAGUUGAUGAAGCUGCAAUAUCAGUUAUUGCAUUGUCUUGUGUGAGAAACCGGACCGGUGCCGCGGACGUCAUACCUGCCAUCAACACUGGGAUCCAGUAUAUACUGUCUAAUAUCAAACCGGAUGGUUCAUUUGGCAACCAAUACACUACUGGACUGGCCGUUCAGGCUCUGUACGCAGAUAAUAAGAGCAGUCGAAAACAGAUCAAGAAGAAAGCUCAACUUACCCUCGUUGCCCAUCAACAACCGGAUGGAUCGUUUGGAGGAGUGACAGCUGCCAAUCAGGUUCUCCCCGCCCUUGCUGGCAAAUUAUAUGCUGAUUUGGGGGACAUCAAGAUCUGUCAGAAGGCCCCGCCCCCUGUCACAACUACUCAAGCUCCGCCCACUACAACCACAACCCCCACACAGCUAACAUUCACCAUUCAGGUAGUUGCUAAUAUAGAAGGACACAGUGAAAACCAGAGUUACUAUGUGACCGUUCCAAUAGGAUCAUCCUUGUACGAUUCCAUGGAAAUUCUUCAGAAAAGAGUAUCAGAUUUCAGUUUCAAAGCUAAGGACACCUCUCUUGGCCACUACAUCACCGAGAUCAACGGCAUAUCGGAGGAUCCAGAUAAGAGAACGUAUUGGCAAAUUCUUAGGGCACCAGACACCCCAUUGCAAGUGGGAGUGGACGGCUAUAUCCCGAAACCCAGAGAUGUCAUUAUCUUCCGACUGUCUAAGUAUUAGACAAACUGAAAUAUCACCCGGUACCUGUAAAUAAAUAAGACAUAUAUCCUGAAACCCAGAGACACUAUUACUCUCCAACCGUCUACAUGUAUACCUGUAUAUCAAUUUGACAUUUAAUACAUCGGCUCGACGAAUGUAACAAAAGCCAGAGAUGUCAUUAUAUUUCGGCUCUCCACGUAUUAGCCAAAUUGAUAAUAAAAGUCUUCCAUCCAGUGCCUGUAUACAGUCUGAUCUGUGUCAUUUGGCUCACGGGCGAUAAUUACCUAAAAUGUAUCACGAUGCACUGGACAUAGAUAUUUCCAAUAUUGCAUUUAUAUUAGUAAUAACAAGAUCUUUGUGACAUAAUUUAACAGCUAGAUUUCACAAAAAUAAAAUGAAAAUUUUUAAAGCCAUGUCGGACCACUAAAUUCACAUAUUUUGAAAAAACUACUAGUCAAAACAAAAUUAUACUGGCCGUGAGCAUAAAACCAGUGAUCAACGACGUAAACUGCUGUAUAUGAAUUACACAUGGAGUAUAUAAAACGUAUCAUUAGCAAAAUGUAGACCUUGUCUAUGCGUAAGCGCUUACAGUAUCGUGAAUCUGAGGACCAUGUUAUAAAUACAUAUUUUCUUGCUCCAAUUAACAUUAGGGUGUGCUCAUAUAUAUUGAGAAGAGAUACAUGGAUUUAGCGCUUUGUGCAUCAAUAAAGUAGAGAGCAAAUAAAAUCCUUAUGUAUGAUAUCCUCAUAUUUGUAUUUUGAAACUU